AUCGUCACGGGUAGCUGCAAUGUCUCAAACAAUCAAGACUGUCAGUAUCCCAAACAUUGCCUGGGAGACUGCUGCCGACAUUCUUUUCCCACCCAAUUUUGACAAUAACAAAAAGUAUCCUGCGGUCGUGAGCGCUCACCCCAUUGGCUCAUGCAAAGAGCAAACCUCGGGCAACAUCUAUGGGAAAGCGUUAGCGGAGGCAGGCUAUGUAGUUGUCGCUUUUGAUGCGUCUUUCCAAGGCGCCUCUGGUGGUGAGCCUCGCUUUAUUGAGGAUCCGGAGUUCCGCGUCUCCGACUUCCGCUUCGUCGUCGACUACAUCCAGACACUUCCCUAUGUCGACGCUGAACGAAUUGGAGUUCUUGGCAUUUGCGGUGGAGGCGGCUAUGCCAUCAACGCAGCCAUGACAGAUUAUCGGUUUAAAUGCUGCAUUGGCAUCACCCCUGUUAACUUUGGUCGUCUCUCCCGCGAAGCGUUUGGCGAAUACGACCCAGCUGGCGCCCUCGAAAAGAUGGCUAAGCAGCGUACUAUCGAGGCUCAGGGUGGACAACGCCUUGUUAUCAACUUAUUGCCGCCAACAGUCGAAGACGCCAAGAAAAUUACCACAGAUAUCGACGUCUGCGAGGCCACUGAAUACUACAAGACUUCCCGCGGUCAAACAGCCAAUGGCUGUACUAGCGGCCUAUUUUCGUUCAAUAGCGCUGCCCUCGCGUGGGAUGCCUUCAACCACGCGGAGGUACUCAUGACCCGACCUCUAAUGGUCGUAGUCGGUGAUAAGCCAGGUGGCUUCGGAGCUUACCGUGAUGCCCAAGAAGUCUAUGGCAGGGUAGGUUCUAAGGAUAAGAAGAUAGUGGUAUUGCCUGGAAUUUCGCACUACAUGCUUUACGAUAAACCCGAAGCUGUUGAUCCCGCGCUGGAACAAGUCAUCCCCUUCCUUAAGAAGCACCUAGGCGAGGUAAAUUAGGCAUAGCAAUAGCGUGGUUCUCAAUGGAAUAGUAAAUUAG